GUGUGUAGCGCGUUAUACACGUGUGUGUAGCGUGUUAUACACGUGUGUGUAGCGUGUUAUACACGUGCGUGUAGCGCGUUAUACACGUGCGUGUGGCGAGUUAUACACGUGUGUGUAGCGCGUUAUACACGUGUGUGUAGCGCGUUAUACACGUGUGUGUAGCGUGUUAUACACGUGUGGCGUAAGCUGGGAAGUGGUGGCGGUGUUGGCUAUGCACGUCUGUGAUCCGGCACUGUGGAAUCGAGGGUUGGUGGUUCACACACAGAUGGGCCACGAAACUCCUCCCUACCCGUGGGUGGGCGUCGAGGAGGAGCCCCGUACCCCUGGCUCUGCCAGGAGAAGGUGGUACAGCAAGAUUGGAGUCGGGAGUUGUGUGACUUCAUUAAACACCAACGUACCUGGCGCUGAACCGCCGCUGAACCAUCAUUGAACUGCUACUAAACCACCACUGAACCACACCUGAACCACCACUGAACCGCGACUGAACCACCGCUGAACCACCACUGAACCGCUACUAAACCACCACUGAACCACACCUGAACCGCGACUGAACCACCACUGAACCACCACUGAACCCUAGUGAACCACCACUGAACUACCACUGAACUGCUAGUGAACCACCACUAAACCACACCUGAACCACCACUGAACUGCUAGUGAACCACCACUGAACCCUAGUGAACCACCACUGAACCACCACUGAACUGCUAGUGAACCACCACUGAACCACCACUGAACCUUAGUGAACCACCACUGAACUGCGACUAAACCACUGAACCACACCUGAACUGCGACUAAACCACCACUGAACCACCACUGAACCUUAGUGAACCACCACUGAACUGCGACUAAACCACCACUGAACCACCACUGAACCACCACUGAACUGCUAGUGAACCACCACUGAACCACCACUGAACUGCUAGUGAACCACCACUGAACCACACCUGAACCACCACUGAACUGCUAGUGAACCACCACUGAACCCUAGUGAACCACCACUGAACUGCUAGUGAACCACCACUGAACCACCACUGAACCUUAGUGAACCACCACUGAACUGCUAGUGAACCACCACUAAACCACCACUAAACCACCACUGAACCACCACUGAACCACCACUGAACCACCACUGAACUGCGACUAAACCACCACUGAACCACCACUGAACCACCACUGAACUGCUAGUGAACUGCCAUCAAACUGCCGAUCCGGCGCUGAACCCCAGAGCCGAUGCUCGCCAAGUCCAUGGCAAGAUGUAAACUGGUUACUGCUCGGUGAGCCCCACUAACCGGUUAGGUGAGCCCCGCUAACCGGCUCGGCGAGCCCGCUAACCGGAAGAGCAAGACGGCGGAGACGGUAGCAGCGGGGACGGCAAAAGCCGUGACGGCACCGGCGCCACCAUGCGGCGCUACAGCCAGAUCUGGAACUUCUUCGAGUUGAACGCGGAGACACCGAACCGCGCCGACUGCAAGCUGUGUGGCGCCAAGGUGUCCCGGGGAGGGCGGCGCGCCUCCGACUACACCACCACCAACCUCAUCAGCCACCUGUGGCUGCACCACAAGGUCGCCUACCAGGAAUACCGCAAGCGGCAGAAGGUGCACACAGCCCACGUGACUUCCUCCACUCACCCCCACCACCACCACGCCAUCAUCGGCGCCAUCGCCGGGGGCGGCGUCAUCAUCGGCGACCCCGUCGGCAGCAGCGGCAGCAGCGGCAGCGCCGGCAGCGCCGACGACUUUCCAGCGCCCAAGCGGUGGUGCGUGGAGGCCGGAGAGGAGGCGCCGCCAGUGCUCGUCGGCGUGCCCAGCGGGGCCGGCGCGCCGGUGGGGGCCGGUGGCGCCGCCGGUGGCAGCGGCGCCGUCGACUACUUCUCGGCGUCGCCCAGCGUGCCGAGUGCGGUGGUGGCGGCGGCGGCCAAUGGGAGCGAGGGAGGGCCCCACGACGGCCUCGUGGAGAUGAAGUUCUGCAUCAAUGAGGUGCAGGGCAACGUAAGCAACGUCUCCAUGGAAAUACCUUUACAAUUUCAACAUCAUCUGCAGCAUCCGCAGCAUCAUCAGCAGCAGCAACAGCGUCCGCAACUUAAUCAUCAGCCGCAGGUGCGUGGCCACACGCGGGGCCGUCCAACGGCGUCGCCGAGAACGUCGUCAACGUCGGCGCCGGCGUUCGCCCCUUUCUGCGCGAUGCGCGUCGUGCCCCUGGACUGCAAGAUGGUGGAGAUGGUGGCGCAGGACGGGCGCCCGCUCUCGUGCGUGCGCGACGCCGGCUUCCGCCGCCUGCUGGCGCACCUCUCUCCGGGCUACCGGCCCGGCUCGCCGACGCUGCUCGCCGAGCGGGUGGUGCCCGACGUCCUGGCGGCGCUGCGCGCCCGCCUGCUCUGCCUGCUGGGCGGCGCCCGCAGCGUGGCGCUGUCGGCCCGGACGCUGCGUGCCGGCGACGGGGAGCCCUGGCUCCUGACGGCGGCCCACUGGCGCUGCCGCCGCGUCGCCGGCGGCGGAUCCGGGCAGCAGCAGCAGCAGCAGCGGCGUCGGCAGGGUUGCCGACGCCGCGCGCUGGUGCGCUGCGCGCCCACCGACUUCGCGCCGCCGCGCGCCACCGCCGUCGCCAAGGAGCUGCAGAAGGUGAUCUUCUGGGGCGUGCGGCGCGUGUCCGUGCUGCUGGUGUGCGGCGGCGGCGGCGAUUUCACCGACGACGCGGAGGCUGUGGGGAGUGCGGAGGAGCUGGCGCGCGAGGCGUCCACCCUGGCGGCACUGCCCGCGGCGCCGUGCGCGUCGCACCUCCUGCGCGUCGCCGUCGCCCGCGGAGCGCUGGCGCUCGCGGCCACGGAGCGGCUGCUGCUGGUGCUGCGCGGGCGGCGUGCCGGCCGCGGAGACGCCGACUCGCGACGGCAACCCCCGCCCGCCGGCGCCCGCGCCACGGGCCUCGCCGGCGGGUGGACGAGCGCGUACCGGCUGCUGCGUUCCGCUUCGGCGCGCCGGCACAAGCAAGGCGGCGCCGGCGGCGCAACUGGCACGAACUGGACCUCUCUGCGUCUGUCGGCGAGCCAGGAGCGGCUGCUGCAGCUGCUGGCGCUGCUGCUGCGGCCUGUGGCGGAGGUGGCGCGGGAGCUGGCGCGCCCCGACGCCACGCUGGGCGCCGCCAUCCCCCUGCUGCGCGUGCUGCUGCGCUCGCUGGCGGCGGCGGCGCGAGCGUCGUCCGGGGAGCGCCGGACGCCGGCCGCGGACGACGCUCGCGGCUCCGGCGGAGGCGGCGCCGUCGACGAGGAGGAGGAGGACGAGGAGGAGGAGGAGGACGACGAGGGUCUUCGCGCGGGGCUGCUGGCGCCGCUGGGCCGCGCGCUCGAGGCCCUGGAGUCGUGCCGCUGCUCCGCGCUGGCCACCGUGCUCGAUCCGCGCUUCAAGUGCGCCUUCUUCUCCAGCGAUGGCGCCGCCGCCCGCGCCCGCGCCUGGCUCCUCGAGGACGCCGGCGUCGGCGGCGGCGACGACGACGACAACCGCGAUGACGACGAACGCGGCGGCGCCGGGCAUGGUGGAGCGGCGCGCGGUGGCGCCGGCGCCAGCGGCUCCUCUGAGAUUUGGAGCCGCUUCGAGGAGGUGAUCGCGGAGCACCGGCCGGCCGGCGCCCGCCUCUCCCCGGCGGAGGAGGUGACGGUGUACCUGCUGGAGCCGCCGGUGGAGCGCACGCGGUGCCCGCACGCCUGGUGGGGCGCGGGCGACGGUGCCGAGGACACCGCCGGCACCGCCACCGGCGCUGUUUCCGCCGGUGGCGACGGCGAUUGCGGCGGCGGCGGCUCCAGGUUCCCCCGUUUGGGCCGUCUGGCUCGGCGGUUGUUGGCGGCGCCGCCGACUUGCGGUUGCGGCGACGGCGACGGCGAGGAGGACGACGGCGGCAGUGUUGGUGAUUGUGGCGACGGUGGCGGAGAUGGCGGCGACGGUGGCGACUGCGUGUGGGGUCAGCGAGUGCCGCGGUCUUGGCACGGCGAGCUCGGAGCGGCGCUACUGGUGAUCCGGCACGGGCUGCCCGCCGUGGACUACGCCUACUGAGUCGGACGGAGCGCGCCGUUGCCCGACAUCGAGAACCCGGCACCGGUCUCAGAACCCCGCGGUUUUUGCCGCCUUUUGGCGAGGCCGGCUUCGCCAAAACGUGUUCACGGCUCUGGCUCUGUUUCGGCUCAACGGCACGCUGAAAAAGCCACCCGCAGCCGUGCCAGCCGCCACGCUGGCUUGGCUCGGAUGCUGUGCCAGUGGGAAAAGUGGAAAUCAGACCAAACCAAAUAUUCACCCGCUAUGUAGCAGCUCAGUGGGGCCUUACCUGGUAUAAGAAAAAUGUAAUCGUUUUAACUGUACUGCUAUUCAACCGGUUUCAACGGGCGUGGGGGGAGUCAUUCAAAAGCUUGGCGAUUUAUUUUUAUCCAUACAAUUGCAGUGGUGGUGUUUUUUGAGUUUUUGUUUAGUUUUACCCGUGCCACCUUAUUAAUAUAAGUAAUGAGCUAAUCUUCCCGGUGCUGCUUAUGCGAUCUAACGUAUACAAUGGCACGGCAGCGUUGACGGCUUGAAAAUAAUACAACGGAUAGGCCUAACUUUUGACGUCCUCUGGUCUAACACCGUUGGAGACGAGGCUCAAAAGAAAGCUUUCUCUGGUGUGGACCAAUCAGUUUCAAGGACGAUGCAUAUAUUAUCAGAGUGUGUUUUGUUUGCAUUCUGACCACAAGCAUUGUGGUUAAUGCAGACAUGAUUCCUCGUAAAAGGUUUCAGUUUGGUGUUUUAACAUAUUCACACAACUGUUUUGUUGCCAGAAAAAAGGGGAAAAACCUAUUAUCAUAGGCCUAACUUAUCCGUGUGCAUCUCUUCUGACAGCAGCUGUUCACAGUUACCUCCGUAACCUACUUUUUAACGUUGAUCUAGCUAUCGUUAUUGUAUUAUCAUUGGUUUUUAUAUAUAUGACAGCAAUUGUAAUACAUAUUUACAGCCCUU